AUGCACGAUAAUGGCCGCCAAUUUGCAUGCAAAUGUCUGAAUAUGCGCAUUCGCGAACAGCCCGCGGCUCCUCCUUCACCAUCCGAAUGGCCGGUUGAUUCGAACUGGGAGAGAGUCUACGUUGGAGACAAGGGCAUAAAUAUUGCUCACCCCCAGCUCACAUCGAGAGUCAGGUCGCGGGGUCCAGUCACAAAUGAAUCAUCAAGACCACCGCAAUAUAUUUCGCUGAUGUGCCUCAUAUGCAAGGCCUACAUCUACCGUAUCUAUCAGAACACGCCAAGCGAAUCCGACAAAGAUGCGCCGAAUGUGGUGCCUGAAGGAUGGAUAGAACAAGAAGUCAUGAGAAGCUUGAGCGGCUGGAUUGAAGUUCAAAAGGAAUGUCUGACUGGCCGGUCCAUACAUCGAGCAGAAUCCACGUCAGACUAUUUGUCCCUUUUCUCUGUCGUCCUACCCCCAACGACGCUCCCACCAUCACCCAAGGCCGCCGCACAACGUUUGACACCGAUUACGACACCAUCUCCACAGCUACCAAAGGAGCAUUUACCCGAACGCAGUCCGCUGUUCCCACCGCCACCAUUUCCACCUUUACAUCCCGUAUUCACCCAUCUAUCGGCAGUGGCGUCCACCCAAGUUGAUAAAUUACGCGUUGAGGCAGAGGAAUCCAUCGCCAAGUUCGUUCAUAAUAAAGUGGCGGAGCUCGAUCAUGUAGAGUCUGUUUUGAGGGAGCAGGUAGGGUGUCUGUGGAAAAUGUAUCAAAUAGGCUCCAGCAAACUCCGCCAAGUAGCUGACGUGCUCCCUACGCCGGUCCCACACAAUAGCGGCAAGGAAACAUCUAUGCACCCACAAGCGAGCACACCAAUACGCGAUUUCGUACCUUCGCCGGUACCUCCGACACGACCCAUGUCCGCUACAGCGACUAAACAAAUCUCGUCAUUAUCUGCAUCUCUUGCGACCUCUACGUUCCACCAUCCACAUGCGCUCGAGGAUAACAUGAGCGAGUCGAUGUUACAGAGUGUCGUAUCGAACCCUCCUCCCGCUUCAAUCUUUGUUGCGAAUCCGCAGACCGUCAACAGCAGUAAUGUUCUGCAAUUCCCUCGGAAUACCAAUGACGACAUCAACACGGCCGCCAGCUACCGCUUUUUCUUAAACCUGGAGGAAGAGAUGGCCCGCAAGAAGCAGCGACAGGAACACGUGAAGAAUGAAUCAAAGCCGUCACAGCUCGCACCUGCUGUUGCAGCACGCGACAAGCCUUCUGCUGAUCAGGGAGGGGCAGCGGGGAAGGGUGUCACCGGUGAGACACAUGGCCAGGAUAAGGAUAAAGGCAAGCGUAAGGAGAGGAGGAAAGUUACGUUUGAUGUGCAGCCAGCCGUCGUGACAAUAAAAAUCGAUGUGAAGGCAGAGAGUGAAGAAGAAUGGGCUUGUUCUUGUUCUCGAAAGGACAACGACGCAGAUAUGGUCUUUGAACUGGAAGAAGGCAGCCAGGCUUUGGAUUCGGAGUCGAGACCUGUCCUGCCGCUGAUCAAGCAGCCAUCCCGAUUCAAGCAACAUCGUACAGCACGUCAAGCCAACCUUUGUCUCGGUGGUCUACCCGUGGCGUUCGCUGGGCUGAGACCCGCGUCGCUACCUGCACCAUCAAGUGUCCGUCCCCCAUUAAGAAGUUACCAUCAGGGCGUCAAUUCUUCGUCGUCUCAGGCUGCCAUGCUUUCGCCACCCCCUCGGGUCAGCAAACCUAAGGCUGCGCCGCCUCCACCAGAGGAACCUGCCACUCCGCGGGAAGCAGAGAUACUUUCCUUGCUAGUCGCUGAUAUGCCGAGCCAUGGAGGCGCUUGGAGGCGCGAUGGGAAAGCCUGGAAGUCAUUCGUUAAUCGCAUGCACGCCGACGCCGAUGACAAAGUUGACGACAUCCUCGAAGAAGAUGAAGACUACGUCGAGGAUUCUGGGAUGAAUGGCCGUAGUGAUGCCUUCAUAGGUUCGAUGCCCGUUGCAAUCAAACGUGCUAGGCCAGCAAAACAAUCGAAGGCAGAUCGAAGCUACGAUACAGACGAAUCUGACGAACGUAACCCCGUUGGCGCAGAAGGUCGAGCCAGGAAACUAGCGUCAGAAACUCUGAAAGCCCGCAAUAGCAUGCCGGAGGAGGGCAUGUGGAGAAGUCUUGCAUAA